AUCAAAUGAGAAUCCCUUCACAACAACAACCAGAAAGGGGAUUGAAUUGGAUUCCUGAAAAAGUAGUGGGACCAACUGCCACGUCAUCCUUUCUUCCUGCUCAUAUGACCUCAGCCACUCAGCCUCCACGACCUACAUCAUUAAGUCCAGAUAUGGAGAUGGCAUUACAUCAACAAGUAAUGAGUCUGACCCCAUAUCAAUUUAAUCAGCUACCACCUGAUCAAAGAACCAAGUGCUUUAACUUCAGCAGAUGUUGCGUCAGUCUUGUUGAUGUUCAUAGUGUCAAGCAAAGUAGCUCGGAUGUUGUGAAGGUGGCCAACGAGUUCUUUUAG